AUGUCUAUCCCAAUCGCACCCGAUGAGCGUCAAUUGACAGUCGCAAUUGACCAGCUCAACAUGCCCCUCUUGAGCAAUAAUCAGUAUCAGCUCCAUGUCGCCAAGAGUGUGAUCGCAAAUGGAAAGCUCAUCUUCAACACGGUCUGGCGCUCCAAGACCCUUUCCCCUUUCGUGGAUAUCAAAUGGAAGCCCGUGUACGGCUUCAACUGGACCAGCGACGUUCCCGCCAAUGGCAUCUCUAUCACCGCCCAAGGUAACUGGAUGCAAUGUAACGUCGGCCAAGCUGUUGACAUCGCCUCCUCGGGCUUCUUUACCACCUCCGCCAGCCAGCCUGAUCCCAACAGCAUGAUGAUCGGCGUCAAUAACUACUCGGCGGAAAACCCCGAGGGCAUCAGAAUCGUCAUUGGCGUCCAAAACGCGUCGGGCGGGUUUGAUCCUAUUUUUGUGGAUCCAAGCAGCAUCCCCCUAAAUGCCACUGCGACAUUCCAGCCGCAGGAGCAGAUCCAGUGGUGGUAUGAGGCGGGAUCCAAGCAGGGAACCGUAUUCACCAAGCACUCAACUAAGAUCGAAACUGCUGAUUACUCUGGCCCCGAUCCUGCUACUCAGAGCUGGAAGAAGAAGUCGAUUUUCGACUACAGGAAAGGCACUUGGACCACGACCGUCCAAUUCUGGCAGAAUGAAAGCGACACGGAUUGGAUUGUUCGCGCAAACCUCGAGCUCUACAUAGCACACACAGUGCUGAAUAGCGAAGGCCAGCCUCUCACCAAUCUGAUUUGGAAAUCCCUCCACCGAAGCCCUCGUCGAACUAUAGUUUGGGAGCCCAUUUACGGCUUGAAUUGGUGUCGUGAACUACCCCACAAAAGCGGCCUGUGGUCUAACAGCGAUUUGGAUCUGAGCGGCACUUGGCAGCGCUGCGAGGUUGGGCAGGCCUUUGAUUUAUCUACAUCUGGGUUUUGGACUCCAUCAACCAAAGACUCGGGUUCCAAAUGCCUUCACAUUAGUCGGAAUGGGUAUAAAGCAAGCGCCAAAGAGCCCGUUUUUAUCGUGAUGGGCUUGUACGACCGAAAGACAUCUGGAUUCGAUCCGGUAUUCCAACUUCUCGCCGGAUUCUCAAUAUCCAUUUACUGA